AUGUGUCUCGGCUUUGUUCGUAGCUACGGCAGCUUCGUCGCAGUCCGAGCAAUUCUGGGUCUGACUGAGGGUGGACUGCUCCCCGGAAUGGUGCUGUAUCUUUCUGGCUUGUACACCCGCGGUGAACUUGCACUGCGCAUUGGUAUCUUCUAUACGGCUGCAUCUCUCUCUGGUGCAUUUGGAGGUCUCCUCGCGAGAGGCUUGUCGGCGAUUGGUCCUGCGGCUGGCCUUGAAGGUUGGCGAUGGAUCUUCAUCAUCGAGGGCAUCAUUACCGUUGUGUGUGGGAUCAUUGCCGCUAUUGGCCUGCCAAACAACCUAGCGACGGCGAAGAUCCUAACGGAUGAAGAGCGCGAGUGGGCGCUGCUCAGGCUUCAAGGUCAUGCUGGGGACAGAUUUGAUUCUUCACGCGAAAGGGAGGAGAAGUUCCGCUGGUCCGAAGUUGGUCGCGGCGUUUUCAACCUUCAGAUCUGGCUCAGCGCAACUGCUUACUUUGCCAUUCUGUCUGGUCUUUACUCCUUUGGCCUAUUCCUGACGGAGACCGAAAAGCUCCCGACAAUCAUCAACGACAUGCAUAUCGCUUCCAACUCCAACCAAGUUCAACUUUGGUCUGUGAUCCCGUACGCGGUCGCGACCCCCGUUACAGUCCUCGUUGCCUUCCUAUCCGAUCGCCUCCGCCUACGUGGCACGCUCAUGCUCUUCGUCCUGCCCAUUUCCAUCGCGGGCUACGCAGCCAUCGCCAACGUCACGGCGCCACAGACGAGAUUUGCCAUGACAUGCCUGAUGGCCAUUGGCAUGUACAGUGCCGUCCCGUGCGUCUUGGUAUGGAACUCCAACAAUUCAGCUGGUCACUACAAGCGCGCGACAACGUCCGCACUUCAGCUUGCCAUCGCCAACUGUGGCGGCUUCGUAGCGACCUUCAUCUACCCUAGCACUGAUGGUCCGUUGUAUCACAAGGGCCACACUGUCAUCCUAGGACUUCUUUGUUACGCAUGGGUAGCAACCUUUACAAAUGUUCUCUGGUGUGCCAAGAUCAACCGCGAUAAGGCUGCCGGAAAGCAUGAUCAGUUCAUUGGUACAGGUGAUGACCGGGAACCUCACUUUAAGAUGGUGCUGUAG